AUGGACGACAAAGAUGAACUGAGCGCAGAAGAGGACGCAGAGAAUCAGAGGAAAUGGGAUGAAGACAUCAAGAAGAUGCCAUGGCUUCAAUUUCCCCAUUUGAACGGCUACUUCCAUGGUCUUAAAGCUCUGGUUAAGAAAGCUGAGCACAUUGCCGAAUAUCCCAAUCCCGCUCACAAAGCUCCUCUCGGCGAACCUCCACUUAGCCAAGAGAUCCCCAAACCUAAACCCUACAAUCCGUAUAACACGUCUGAUUCGAGCAUUAAAACCUGUUAUCUCGACAAUGACGAGAAGAUCCCGGCUCCUAGCAUAUAUGCAUAUGAAGGUAUUCCGCAAUAUAUGCCUGACCCAGCCUUUGGAUCUUACUCAAUGUUUGGCCUUCGGGAUGACAUUUGUUUCGACCGAUUUGGUCGUUAUGGACCAUAUGGCUUCGGCUACGACAUGGAAGAUGGUGGCGCGGGCGUGGGAGUCGACACAGAGUCCUCGGGAAGCGAAGCUGUUUGGGAAGAAACGGGCCAAAUUGAUUAUGGCCAGAUUGAUUGGGGCGAUGUGCAGGAGCGAUGUGCCACCGCAAACAAGCACCGAUUCGCAGAGCCAGACCCAGAGACCGAAGUGCUCAAGCUUGAGGAAGGUAAGAAGAGUCGAAUCGCUGUAGUGCUCCGCCUGUAUACCGGCUUCAAGUGGACGCAGUUCACAGUACUUAACCUCCGGGCUAUGAUCAACGAGCUAGCUCUCAAAUCUGGUGGAGAGUACAAUGUCCACUUUCUGUUGCACGUGAAGGACAACGAUUUGCCUAUUUGGUCCGAUGAUUUGACGGUACAACAGUUGCUGGACGCCCACGUGCCUCCCGAGUUCCAUGGACUGGUGACGCUGUGGAGCGAAGCACAAAUGAAGCUAUUCUAUCCAGGCAAAUUCGAGGAGCCAAUUGGUAACCCCAGCAAAAAAGAAAUACACGACGUCUAUCGCAGCGCCCAUAUGCCGCUUCAGGUUUUCGCCUUGCAGCACCCAGAAUACGAACAUUUCUGGAACUGGGAGAUGGAUAUGCGAUAUUUGGGCAACUGGUACGAACUAUUUGAUCGCUUGGGUGUUUGGGCAGACCGGCAGCCCCGUCCGUUUCUGUGGGAACGCAAUUCGCGUUACUAUAUUCCCGCUCACCACGGUAGCUGGGACAAUUUCACGACUGCCGUCAAGCAAUAUACAGCCGACUCUGGUCAGCCGCCGGUGUUUGGUCCUGUGGAAUUUCCUGAAACGAAGCAGCUCCGAUUUGAGCAGCAUGGACGGUCCAUCAUACCCGCUUCGUGUGCGGAUGACAGAAACAGCCCGCAAUGUGGUGUCGGUGAGGCGGCAGAUCUCAUUACGUUGAAUCCCAUCUUUGAUGUGCAUGGCUCAGCCUGGGUCUUCUCUAAUGACGCGACCGGCUAUGGCAAAACCCCUCCAAGACGAUGCGUCAUCAUCACGGCAUCUCGACUAAGCCGUCGACUCUUGUUGGCGAUGCAUGAGGAGAUUUGGCGCCAUCACCGCACUAUGUGGACUGAAAUGUUCCCUGCAAGUGUGGCCUUUCACCAUGGAUUCAAGGCUGUAUACGCACCUCACCCAACAUUUUUGGACCGUGCUUGGGACCCUCUCGGCAGCUCAGUUGACAAAAUCUUCAACGGUGGACGUGACCACUCGACUUCGGCUGUGGGCAGCCCAUUCGAUCUACGCAACGAACACAACCACAAGGGCACAAGCUGGUAUUAUAACAGCGAGUUUUCAGGCCUUCUAUGGCGGCGUUGGCUGGGCUUUGCUCAACUGGAUGGCAGAGGUCGAAAUGGCCAUCGAAAAGAAGGAGGGGGCAAGCUACGAGGUGGGAAAGCAGAGGAGGAGGCUGAAACGAGCAGCGGCCGCAUGUGUUUGAGAAGUUUCCUCAUGCACCCAAUUAAAUGGGAAAGCCCUGAAGAUAAGCCUUGA